AUGCAGACGUUUUAUAAGCCGGGGAUUCCUUACUUUGUUGCCAUGAUGUUGCAAGAUUGUGAUGGGAACCCCAUGAAGAAUGCACUCAUUGAGCUGCUGGUGGAAGAGGACAACAUCCAGAAUGUGACCACAGAUGCAAACGGCAAAGCACAGUGUGUAAUCGACAUGUCCAGAUAUGAUAGUGAUGAUCUUUUUAUCAAGGCAUUUUAUAUUCAGGAUGAAUAUGAUGGAUCCAGCCAGAACACGUCUGACAUAUCCAGUUAUUUAUAUUUGCCCCGGUUCAGAUCUCGCACAGGAGACUAUAUUCAGGCGUAUGCUCCACAACUGGAGCUGGACUGUGGGAAAACUUAUGAUGUCAAAGUGCAUUAUUUGUUUAGCAGAGAAGGACUUCUUGAAGGAGCCAGAAAUAUAUCUUUUUACUACCUGAUGGUGUCACAAGACAAGAUCGUGAAAUCUGGUGAACGGCUGGUGGACGUGAGCAGCACUCUGCAAGGUCAAUUUUCCCUCAGUGUUACUAUUCCAUCACAAUAUAGCUCCAGUAUUGAUAUUAUGGUAUACUGCAUGUUGCAAUCAGAGGUUUUAUCCAGCCAUGUUCAUCUUAUCAUGGAGAAGUGCUUCAAAAACCAGGUUUCCCUGAUCUUCUCUGCAUCUGAAGGGGCUUCCGGAUCUGAUGUCAACCUGAUGCUAAAAGCAGAUCCCAAAUCCCUGUGUGGCCUCCAGAUAAUUGAUUCCAGCAUUCUUCUGCACCUUAAUAAUUGGCCACUCACACCUGAGAAGUUGGAACAUGUUCUCUAUCACCCAGAUAAAUUGGUUGCACGUUGGAAUCAAUUUACAUGGGAUCCAGACAGACUAUGCGGUGUCAAUGCCUCAUUCUAUGAUAGCCCUCUGCCAUAUGAUGAUGAAGGAUUUGCUAAUUUGGAGUUCCAACACGCUGGCUUAAUAUUUGCUACAAACGCAUCCCUGCAGAACCCUCAGAUGUGUGAGAAGAUAAGAGGAGCAGCACGACAUGUCUCAAUGCAGAAAAACAUGUACCUUCAUGAAAAAUAUUAUAAAUACUAUAGGAAUACAUUUCACGGGGGCCUGGACAAGCAGUGGACAAAUUACCCAAGCCCUUAG